AGAUUGCACCUCUAAAACACCAAAGCAGUGACAUUUUGAAAAAUGGUUCUAGCAAUUUUUAAGCUUUAAAGGCCCUGAAGCAGAUGUUCUUAAUUAUUCGUUGAUGCUGAUGGAAUCCAACAUGAGCACAAAUAAUCUGUCAAACUUGUUUUGACUGUUUUUUGUUUUGCGUGGGCAGUAGCAAUGCUCUGGAUUCACCUGUAAGUGCACCCAAAAUGUCACAGACACUCCAAACUUGAUUCUUGCUUAUUUUGUCGUGCAUAUUUGUUGAAAUUCACAAGAUACUAAAAUAUUUCAGAUUUAACAUCCUGAGACCUCAGCUCUUGUUUUGGAUGGAUUUUCAAUUUCUCUUAGCUAUUUGGGAUCAGUUGGACCUGAUAGGUCUAAAAACGAAACAUUACCUAUGAAAAGUGUGUCCUCAAGUGUGGACAAUGGGUUCAUAUUACUGCAUAAAACAGUGACGUCUACAAAGUAUAAAACACUUUAUUGAGUGAAGUAUAAAGUAUUGAAAACCCCAAAUUUAAUGCCCUGGGUCUCAGGGGUUUCACACUAGUGUCAGCCACAAUCACAGUUUGGAAAAAUGAAACAUUUAUGUAUGCAACAGAUAGCAAAACAAGUCAUUAUUUCAGGAAUGUGCUGUACAAGGCACCAUACAUGCAUAUUGUUGAACAUAUGUACAUAAAACUUCCUCUAACCCUCCGUGUUUCCACAGAGGGCCUUUAUCCUUUCACAUUCCUGUCUUUCAUCAUGGUUGACCUUUUCCUAAACCGAGUUCUCAUCGAGAACAACUGGGACCAAGACGAACUCAACACUGAGCGUGAGAUCAUGGGGAUUCUCGAAAAUCGCAUCGUCAUGCUGUUCUUUGCAUCUGCUGAAUGUGAAAAGUGCCUGGAGUUUGUGCCUGUUCUGAACGACUUCUUUAAGAGACUGAAAGAUCCAGCAUACAUCGAAUACCCGAAACUGCUCGCACUCAUCUACAUCAGUUUGGACCAAUCAGAGGAGAAGCAGGAAAAAUUUCUCAAAGAGCUGCACAAAAAGGUUCUGUUUCUGGCCUUUGAGGACCCGUACAGGAAGGAACUGCAGACCAUGUUUAAAGUGAAGGAUGUACCAACAAUAGUGGUCCUGCGUCCCGACGGUUCUGUCCUCUCUCCAAACGCUGUGCGGGACAUCUGUCGUUUCGGCUGUGACUGUUUCCAAAACUGGCAGGAAUCGGCUGAGCUUGUUGAAAGGAGCUUCAUGCUAAACGAGGAGUUUGACAACCUUAACUUGCGCAGCGCCACUGACCCUGUGAGGAGGCUCAAGUACAAGACAGAGGACGACAAACGCAAAAAGAGAUGGUGGAAGUUAUGGGGGAAGGGAAGAGAUGGAAAUGAAGAGGAAGAGGAGAAAGAUGGAGCAUGGGAUAUCAAGAGAAAUGAGGGAGAUAACAAUACCUGGAGGAUAAGAUGAGGAAAACAUAUAUCAUAUAAUGUA